UUUAUUUUCAACGUCAAGAUGAUCUCCAUAAAAUACCUUUGUGUUCUUUUUCUUUGUGUUUUAGGUUUCAUCUCUUCGGUUACUUCAAUCAGAAAGAGUUCUGGUGGAACCACUGAUGGUUCUGAAACAUGGGGAUAUGUUGAAGUUCGCCCACGUGUACAUAUGUUUUGGUGGUUGUAUAAGAGUCCUAAUAAACCUAAACAUCCAACCAAUUCAUGGCCUACGAUUCUAUGGUUGCAAGGAGGCCCGGGUAGCUCCGGAGUUGGCUUUGGAAAUUUCGGAGAACUUGGACCCUUAGAUGUUGAUCUAAAGCAACGAAACUUGACAUGGCUUCAGAAGGCAGAUCUUUUGUUUGUGGAUAGCCCUGUUGGGUCCGGGUAUAGUUAUGUGGAGGAUGAGAGCUUGUUUGUCAAAACCGAUGUAGAAGCAGCAAUAGAUGUCACGACAUUGUUGAAGGUGAUCUACAACACAAACAAGAUCAAGGUAAAGAAUCCACUUUACAUUUUUGCGGAAUCUUAUGGAGGUAAAUUUGCGGUCACUCUUGCACUUUCUGCCUUAAAAGCUAUCGAAAAGGGGGAGCUCAAACUUAAACUUGGAGGUGUUGCGUUGGGCGAUAGUUGGAUUUCUCCAGAAGAUUAUGUGCUUUCAUGGGGUCCAUUACUUAAGGAUAUGUCAAGAAUUGGUGAUGUUGCUUUCAACCAAUCAACAAGUUUAGCUCUAAAGAUUCAGCAGCAAAUAACAGACGGACAGUAUGUUAAUGCGACAGAUUCAUGGGCUGAGCUCGAGGAUGUUCUUAUUGAUAGCAGCAACGGUGUGGAUUUCUACAACUUCAUGUUGGAUAUGAACAACGAUCCAAAUAUUAUGACAACAAAAGCAUCGAGAAGAUUUGAAAAUAAGCCUUAUGCCUUGGUCUCUGAAGCCGAUGGAAAUGACCUGGAUUCCGUCAUGAAUGGACCAAUUAGAGAAAAGCUCAAGAUUAUUCCCAUAAACGUAAAAUGGGGAGGGCAAAGUGGCGAUGUGUUUACGGCUAUGGAAGGAGACUUCAUGAAACCGAGAAUCCAAGAGGUUGAUGAGCUUUUGUCCAAGGGUGUAAAUGUGACAAUAUACAACGGUCAGAUUGAUCUAAUUUGUGCAACCAAGGGAACAGAAGCGUGGAUCAAAAAACUCAAAUGGGAUGGUUUGUCGACAUACUUGAACAUUCAUAGGACUCCAUUAUACUGUGGUGAAGAUAAAAGCACCACAAAAGGAUUCUUUAAGUCAUAUGAGAACUUUGCGUUCUACUGGAUUCUUGGAGCCGGUCAUUUUGUUCCCGUGGAUCAGCCUUGUGUUUCUCUAAAGAUGGUCGGUAGUAUCGUGAAUACACCCGAUCCAAAGCAUAACCAUUGAUUGUCGACUAUGCGCAGCGGGGAGAUUGCAUUCUUGGAUUUCUUCAUAGUUUUACAUCUCCACAUGCCAAACCAUAAACACCUUUAUUUAGAGUAAUUUAAUUAUGAUUCUCCAUCGCAUCAUUAUUGAAAACCAAUUUUGUAAUCAACGUAGCAUGAUCAUUUAUCCCUGCCA